AAGACAUCCCUGCAAUCUGUAUUGGGUGGCAUCAUGAGCAAAUCACAUUUACCACGAACUCGGCGCUAGAGUUGCUGUUCUAAAUGGCUUCUAGGAAGUCAGGAUCUGACUUUCACGGGCUCUUCAGUUACCUCGACGAUGUCCCGUUCAAGAUAGGAGACAAGUUUAAAGCCCCGGCUAAAGUCGGCCUGCCCAUCGGCUUCUGCUUACCGGACUCACCGCAGCUUGUACGGGAAACCCAGUAUGACUUCUCCCUGGAAAGGAGGACCAUCGAGUGGGCGGAGAACAUCAAGAGGAUCCAGGCAGCCCAGCAAGAGGCCGAGCGGAAGGCGGAGGAGGAAGAGGCCCUGGGGGAGCAGGGCCAGGCCGGCUUUGCAGAAGGCCGCUGCCCCGGGGCCGUCAUGCCGCCCCCCUUCAACCCCAUCCUCGCCAGCCUGCAGCACAACUACAUCCUGACCCCGACCCCGGCCAGCAACAGCACCCUGAAGCAGAAGGCCCUCAGCCCGCCCCACCCCAAGGCCGACUUCAACCCGGCGGACUUCGAGUGCGAGGAAGACCCCUUCGACAAGCUGGAGUUGAAGACGCUCGACGACAGGGAGGAGCUGAGGAACAUCCUGGAGAUCCACGUCGGCAUGACGGGCCCAAUCGUGGCCCAGCUCCUGGACGGUGGCGGCAGCGGCACCCCCAAAGCGGCGUCUCCCGAGUCCGUAGCGCCAGACCAGGAAGUCCCGGCCACGCUGGACCUCAAGCCCCUCCACAAACCCAACGGCCUGAUCGCGUUGCCGCAGCUGGGGGGCCGGGAAAAGAGGUCGCCGUCUUCCAAAGUGUCCCUCUCCCCGGCGACGUCCGUGAGCAAUAUCAAAUCCCUCUCCUUCCCGAAGCUCGACUUAGAUGAGAGCGACCUGCAGGCGGCGAAGCUCACGAGCACGUACCACAGCGCCGGCUGCCUCCGCAACGGCACCUUCCUCCACACUUUGCCGAGCAAAGCCAGCGAACUGAACGGGCACCACGUGGCUGGGCUGUCCGAGCUCACCGUGGACAGUGGCCCGGAGACACAGACUCUGUCCUCAGUGUCCAGACUGCCUUCCCUGCCCACCUCAGUAGCCUGUACAGAAGAGACGCAGACCCUCACCACAGCCACAGUGGCACCUCACCAAAGUUUCUCGACAUCGAAAGUGCCCCACGCCACCAGCUGUGCAAACUGGCCUGGCAGCCCCACGUACGAAGAAGACCUGCAGGCCCUUUCCCCCAGCGAGCGGCAGUGCGUCGAGACUGUCGUCAACAUGGGCUACUCCUGCGAGAAUGUCCUGAAGGCGAUGAAGAAGAAGGGGCGGAACAUAGAGCAGGUUCUCGACUACCUGUUUGUCCACGGCCAGCUCUGCGAGAAGGGCUUCGAUCCGCUCCUUGUAGAAGCUGCUCUGGAAAUGCACCAGUGUUCGGAGGAGGAGGAGACAGCCGCGCUUCUCCAGCUAAUGAGUAAAUUUAAAGAGAUGGGCUUUGAACUGAAAGACAUUAAAGAGGUUUUAUUAUUGCAUCACAACGACCAGGACAAUGCGCUGGAAGAUCUAAUGGCCCGGGCGGGAGGCAGCUGAAGGGGGCACAGAGGAGCCCUGCCCCCCCGGCCCUGCCAGCUAGACCCUUUCGCCAUCAUCACGUGGCUCUCUCUCUGUGGGCGUGGAAAGGAGUAGGCCGCAAAAAAUCCCACCUUUCCGGGAUCUGGGAGAGCUGCUCCAUCGGCACACCGCCACCCAAGCGGGCCGUUCCCAGUGGAGAGAGCCCAACCCUUCAAUUAAAGUCUAAGUGUCCUUUCCCGAGUACUCCCCCCCAACUUUUUUUUUUGGCUAGGCCACAGCGAACCUUGACUGGAGUUGUACAUAGCCAGGCCAGGCUAGUUGUUAAUUUCCCCCCCCUUCCCCCCCCCCCCCCCCCCCAGUACCUCUUGCACUGGACUCGGCCAGAGAAACGAUCCCCUUGGCUCUGAAACGGACAGUUCCUUUGGUCCCUCGAAGCUGCUUUCGUCGUGCGUCUCUGCUUGUACUGAAACACGGAUUCUCAGUCGAGAUUAACAAACGUCUACCUUGAGUGCAAUGGGAUUUUUCAGUUUUGUUUGGGGGUGGGUGGGGUGGGAUCUGAAAGUUAGUGAAAACACUGGUUCCGAAACUGCCGCUAUGCAUAGAGAGAAGCCGUAGCUCUUCCUUCAGCGUUCUGGUUCUUGGAACGGGGAAACCAAAACGUCAGCACAGGUAAGCUGUGAAGCCCCUCGAUUAGAGCCCCCUUUGCCCAAUGGCGACUCUCUAAACCUGGGCCCGGGGGUGGGGAGACCCUGCAAACCUCUCGGCCCUCCCGUCCUCCCCCAGGCCUUCUUAAAAUUUACCCGAAAGCGGAAGCUCUCCUGAAGAAUCAGCCGACCUGAUAACAGUGUGGAAACGAGAAGUCCUCCCUUUCAUGCACUUUCUUUUUAAUAUCCACCGCAUUGUUUCCAUAUCUCCCCCCCCCUUUACACUCCUUAUAGUUACAUUAAUCUAUUAACAUCUAGUAAUAGGAAUCCUACCUUUGGUUUGAUUUUGAGAGUAAAAAAAAAAGAGCAGUGUAUUAUGUUGUACAUGGUUCAAGAUCUAAAUGCAUAAGAUAUUAAGCAGUCGAUGAAUCUCUGAAGUAACUUGCUAAGUAUUUUGGUUCUGCAG